AUGUUCAUUUCCAAGUACGAGGACACCUACGCCGAAGAUGCCUCUGCUGUCGCCUUUUCUAAGGGACAGCUCUUCUCCAUCCUGGAAUGCGGCGUGCAGCGGACGAUGCCCUUUCGUCUUGGACGGAACGACGAUAUCGUUCUUGAUCAUCCUAGCUUGCAGCAUCAGAUCUUCGAUACACUCCCGAUGCAAGUGUUCGUGCCUUAA